AUGAAUCAAGCUCGUGCACAAAAAUUUAACAAACUGCACAAAUUGUACAAUGAGAUGGAUAUCCUACAAAAUCCAGAAAAAUUGUACAAUAUGGAUGAAAAAGGAUGCCAAAUAACUGUACACAAGCAAAACACAGUUCUGACAGAGAAAGGAAGCAAAAGAAUUAAUCUCAUUGGCCCUAAACACGCGGAAAAUGUUACGAUAACAAUGUGCGUGAAUGCCAUUGGUACUGUGAUACCACCUAUGUUCCUCUUUAACGGAAAAAAACAGAGACCUGAUCUAUGUGAUAACUUACCAGCUGGGACGUUACUCAGGAUGGCACUGAAAGGCAGUAUGACUACUGAUUUGUUUGUGGAGUUUGUUAACCACCUAGUGAAAUACAAGGUCACUGGAAAAUGCUUACUUAUAUUUGAUGGCGCCAAAUGUCACUGUCGAUAG